AUGAGGAGACUCGUGCUGGCAAUGGACUUGCAGUGGGCAGACGUGACCCAGGAAGAGGAGAAGAUUGGCCAGACGUUGUACGCAGAAGCCACUGCCACGCUGCUGGCCAAGAAAGAAGGAACAAAACCAAAAGGCUGGGACUGGAAACGCCAUGCGGCAAUCGGUGCAGCAUCUGUGACUGGUGGCGCUUUACUUGCAGUGACAGGAGGUCUUGCUGCUCCUGCAAUUGCGGCAAGUUUGACAGCGCUGGGAGGAGCAGGCGUGACGAUCGGCGCUGUUGUGGGCUCUGCAACCGGCGUCACAGCAACGACAGUGCUCUUUGGAACAGCUGGAGCGGGAGUGAUGGGUAUGAAGACUGAGAAAAGGACGAAAAGCGUUCAUGAUGUUGGCUUCGAUCUCGUGUCGGCAGGGCAUGGCAUGAACGUCUACAUUUGCGUGUCGGGGUGGCUGGACGAAGACGACCCGCCGACAAACGGAUUCCGUCGAGCAAAGCCAAAGCAGGUGGAUCAGGUGGAUCAGGUGGAUCGAGUCGUGGGCCAGUGUCGAGGUCGAGAAGACGAGCUGCUUACUGAGACGAAUGAUCCACGUCAUGCUUCAUGUUUGUCGAGGACAGUACACACAGACACCUACGCGCGUGGUGGUAACUUAGCGAACCACAUCAGCGACCCAAAAGCUUGUUCUCCUAGUUUGAAGAGCACAGCAGCAAGCAACGCUAGUCCAUCUGCGUGGGAGCGAGGAACAAAGCUCAAUCCGCUUCAAGCAUGGCGAUGGAACGACCGUUUCCCUCAUGGUGACCAGUAUUGCCUUGUUUGGGAGGAAGCAGGACUACGUCGGUUUGGUAGAUGCAUGCGUACAUUUGCAGCUGAGCAAGUUUCAGUAUAUGCGGCGACAGAGAUUGUCAAAUACACUGCGCUGGCAGCAUUGUUUGCAGCCGUAGCGAUUCCACGGGCGAUAUUUCGACUGGCCGACAUCAUUGACAACGCGUGGACAGUAAUUAUGAACGCUGCAGACAGCUCUGGUAAAUUGCUAGCGGAUGCGCUGCGUAAGCGAGAGCAAGGCUUGCGUCCGGUCACGUUGAUUGGGUACGGUAUGGGUGCCAGAUUGAUUUUCUCCUGCUUGAAAGAACUGGCAAAUGAAGAUAUGGUCAACGAAUCGUGUGGGAUUGUAGAGAACGCUGUCUUGCUCGGAUCGCCUCUUCAUAUGGCACGCAACGAAUGGAUGAGCGCUCGUCGCGUAGUCUCCGGGAGGCUAAUUAAUGGGUAUUCAGAUAAUGAUUGGAUGCUUGGUGUGAUGUAUCGCUACCAGGGAUGGGCUCUGAAUUCGGCGGGCAUUGCGCCUCUCGAUAUUGCUGGUAUCGAAAAUGUGAAUUUAUCAGAGAUCAUUGGAGGACAUCUGGAGUACAAGAGCAAAAUUGGCGUCAUACUGGAUCUGCUGAAGCUGGAAGACUGA